AUGAUUCAGAAUUUGAUAGAAAUUGAGAAUGAUUUGAGCCAAGUAUCCGGUUCUGUAGGGCUACACAAUUUUGUAGUUGGCCAUGCUAGUCAGCAUGUCAGGAUGGUCCGCGCCGAGCUUUGUCUUGCUCGUCUCCAUGACUUGCACCUCGAGCUGCUCGGCCUCAUCCCACAGGCCUUGAUUCCUGUAUAUCGACGUGAUAUAGGCUAUGCUCGUCAGCGUGUCUGGAUGAUCCGCGCCUAG